CUGGCAGCACUGCUCGGCAGCACAGCUGACGGGCGCCGUUACUCUGCAAAAAGCGUGCGUGCUUCGCUUCGGAUUUCCCAAAUUUCAAUUUGCAUUGCAGAUCAGCAAAAACUGUGUGAAAGUCAUUGAAAAUGAACAAUUUUAUCGAACCUUCAGCUGCAUCGCCCAGCAUAGGCGAUGCGGGGCGCAUUACUAUGCAGAACAUCAGUUCAUCAUCAGAUCAGUUCUUGGUGGCGAAUUUCGAAAAGCGCAGCAGCAUUGCCGCCACACACCUGCCAUUGCCGCUGCAGCAUUUCUUUCCUGUGUCGCCUGUGGUGCCGCCGUCUGUGGUGACGGCAGUGGGGCCCGAAGUCGACUCCCCGCAGCCAUCGCGUUCGCGGAUGGCGCAAAUGGAAAUCUAUUGGAAUGGUAUAGCGUCCGUGAAUAAUAAGAUGACUAUGGAUAUCACCAAAACAGAGCCCGGACUCGUCGGGCUCUCAACGAAUCAACAGCAGCAGCACUCAAGACAGCAGCAGCAGGCCGCCAGCAUAAAUAGCAACAGUGGCAACAACGUGGGGCAGAAUACCAACAACGGUUGCAACAGCAACGGCGGCGGGGUAAACCUCGGCAACAACAACAGCCUCAGCAAUGUCCAGAGCAUUGCCGCUGCGGCCAACAACAAUAACAACAACAACAAUGGAAGCCUGCUGUGCGCCGGCUGCGGCAAACACAUCAAGGACCGUUACUUUCUGCGCGCCCUGGACAUGCUGUGGCACCAGGACUGCCUCAAGUGCGGCUGCUGCGACUGUCGCCUGGGCGAAGUGGGGUCCACCCUCUACAAGACGGGCAACCUAAUGCUGUGCAAGCUUGAUUAUUUUCGAUUAUUUGGCAACACGGGCUACUGUGCCGCCUGCAGCAAGGUGAUCUUCGCCUUUGAGAUGGUGAUGCGCGCCCGCACCAAUGUCUACCAUUUGCAUUGCUUCGCCUGCCAGCAGUGCAACUAUCGAUUGUGCGUUGGCGAUCGGUUCUAUUUGUGCAUGAACAAGAUUCUCUGCGAGUACGACUACGAGGAGUGGCUGCUCUUCGCCACGAUUGCCGCUGGGGUCCCGGGUGCCGCCGACGAACUGCCCGGCGGAGGACCAGGCGUCGCCAACAUGGGUGUGGCCGUGGGCAUGGUCAACGGUCCGUGCACCCCCGGCGACCACAACAAUAACAAGGGACCCCAGACGCCCACCGGAGGCGACUCUCCGUUUGCGGCCGCGGCCACUGCUGCUGCGAAGAACCAGCUAGGGGCGUCCAGACAAAAAAAAGCCCUGAGCACGGGCGCGCCUAGGAGGAAGAGCGUCUGGAUCCAUUGGAGCAGCAGGAGGAGGAACAGCAGCUGGAGGACAAAAAACAAUAUUCUACAACCGCAACUGAAUCGAGAAGGGUAGAUCGUGGCUCGUCGCUCUUGGAACGAGGGAGACAGGGGGAGAGAGACCGCGAGAUUUGAUGCCACAUGAUUACGGAUGAUGGAGUCGAUAUUCAAUCUUCGUUUGCUUUUGACUGAGCUCAAAUCUUAUAGUGUUAUAGAUUUAGUUUUUGGUUAAGUUCUCUCACAAAUCACUUGCUGAAUGUUGCACAUAUUGCAAGUGCAGAACUAAGUUUUCAUUUCCCUUUCGAAUGGGCAAAUAUUCGUUUCAUAGAUCGAUUUUUUUUUUUUUUAUUUGUCGAGUGUUUACCACUUCAUAUGGGUAUACUCGUAUUCGCAUUCAUAUUCAUAUUGAUAUUGAUAUAUGUAUGUAACAAAUAGUUUUUAGUUUUCACGCUUGAAGCGUUGCGGUGCCAAAAUAAAUUCAAACGUAUUCCUUGUUUCCCCCCUA